AUGAUACUUCCAUCUAUCGCUGUAAGUAUGCUUAAAUCUUAUGUUCUCUUUCCUAGCUGUCAUUGGUUUUCACACAGCAAACAAGCGUACAGGUAUGUUGAUGAAUCUGGGAUGGGUUCGUUUAUUGUUCUAUCCGUUAUUAUCUUGUCACUUGUUCAGGCUGCGUCCGCCGACAAUCGACCUGUUAUUAUCGGCUAUAGUGUCGGAGGUGUUGUAGCAUCAAUUAUUUUCAUUCUUGAUCUGAUUGCGAUUUUCGAACUUUUACAAUCGAGCGGACGCGGUGUGUGUUCUAAACUUAUCUGGAUCUUGAUUAUCUUCUUCUUUCCCAUCGGAGGUCUCAUUCUCUAUUGUUGCUGUGCCCGUCAUCGUACCGUCGAUCAAGUCAUUGUGUAA